AUCGCCCAAAGGAAGCCCCACACAGAGGCAGCGACUACACGUGCUGUUGAGAGUACGUUGUACACUAUAUAUGUAUAGGACUAGGGUCUGUAUUUAUACUGUUGUAUCUCUCUCUUUCUCCAUAUAUUUGUACAUUUUAGGAGACAAGUAGAGGCCGGUCCACCCUGUACCUAUAUAUGUGCAUCUUGCACACGAUCAAUGAUUAUCGAUUCGUGCAAUCUCAUUCUUCCUAACUAACAUGGUAUCAGUUUAGCAUACCGAUUCCUUUCCCACCUUCCGCACUAGCGCCGCCGCCGCGCCCUACAGCCGCCGCCUUCCUCGCGUCUCCGCCGCCGCUGUCCACUGCCGCCGCUGCGCCCUCCCCUUCCCUCGCAGCCGCCGCCUUCCUCACUGCCGCCGCUGCCUUCCUCCCCAAGUCGCCGUCGCGCCCCCCAAAACCCUAACCCUACCCCGCGCCGCCGCCACCCUAUUCCUCCCACCCGAGCCGCCGCACCCCUCCCUUGCCGCUGCUCCCAUGGCGUCCCCUCAAUCCAGCAACUCCAACCCGUUCACCGCACUCGUCCCCGACGCCACCGCCGUCCGUGAUCUUAACAUCCACACCCGUGUUCCCAUCAAGCUUGAUCAAUCCACCUCCUCGUACUACGCGUGGAAGACCUACUUCAACCUCGUCUUCCGCGAGUACCACCUCCUCGAGCACGUCGACGGGACCGUGGAUGGCGAUCUCAUGGUGGAUGAUCCGGACUGGGCGGCCAUUGAGGCCUCUCUCAUCCGGUGGUUCUACCUCACCGUCUCCUCGGAUAUCUUCCACACGGUCGACUCAGAGGAUGAUGACGCGUGUGCCGUAUGGACCAAGAUCGACAACCUCUUCACCGAUAACAAGCUUCAACGUCUUGUGUUUUUGCAACAGGAAUUUUUCGGGUGCCACCAAGACGAUUCCUCCAUCGAUGACUACUGCAUGCGUCUCAAGCGCCUUGCCGAUGAGCUCCGUGACAUCGGCGCCAAUGUGUCGGACGAGCUCAUGCUUAGCACCCUCACCGCCGGCCUCAAUGAGGACUUCGGCAACGUGGCUUCGAACCUCUCCUUGCUGCCGAACCCGACUUUCCAGUCCGUCACCGCGUAUUUACGCUUGGAGGAACGGAGGAUGAAGAAGGUCAAGGCCCGCGUCCACCACACCGCCCUCGCCGCCGGGACAUCUCGCGGGCAGCCGCAGCCCGCCCCGCCCCAACCACGCCCGCCGGCGCCACCGGGGUACUACCCCCUCCCGCCUGCUCUGCCCGCACCUCCCGCUCCUCAGCAGUAGCAGCAGGGCGGGGGCGGCGGUCGCCGCAACAGGCGCCGUGGGGGAGGAGGCGGCGGUCGCUCCCAGCAGCAGCAUCAGCAGCCCGGGUAUGGGGGGGCCCAGCGCCAACAUCAGCCCUCCCCGCCCUGGGCCGUCGGCCCCAACCCAUGGACCGGCAUGGUCCACGCUUACCACAUGCCGGUCCCACGGGCCCCGGGCAUCCUCGGGCCACACCCGACCGGGCCGCAGGCACACCUCGCCGCCACACCCUACCAGGCAGGUGGGGGCGGUCACGCCCCUGGCGGCUACGCGCCGGGCUGCUAUGCGCCAGGCUUCGCGCCGGGCGGCUAUGCGCCGGGCGGCUACGCCCCUAGUGGCUACGCGCCUCCGUCGGCGUCCUUCGGCUACACGCCGCCGUCUGCACCACCUCAGCCCGGUGGCUACCAGCUCCCUCCGGAUCCAUGGGAUCCCGCUCUGCUCGCAGCACUUCACUCGGCACUGUCUCCCUCCAAUUACGGAGGUGGCGGCGAUUGGUAUAUGGACACGGGGGCUACCGCCCACAUGACGUCGCACCCCGGACGCCCGUACACGGAUGGUGCUCCACCGAUGUGACAGCCCCGACGACUUAUACCCGGUGCACUCCACCUCCACCGCCACCGCCUCACUAGUCGCCCUCGCCGCCGGUGUCGACCUCUGGCACGCACGCCUGGGUCAUCCCAACUCCACCGUCCUUCGCCAGAUUCUCAAGAGUUUUUCAUUUUCGUGUAAUAAAUUCGAUGAGCACACUUGUCAUGCUUGCCGUCUCGGCAAGCACGUUCGUCGACCGUUUAGCGAGUCAAACACUAUCUCUUCUUUUCCGUUUCAGUUAAUCCAUAGUGAUGUUUGGACAUCUCCCGUUGAGAGCA